AUGUUGAAACAGUCUUCACCUAAGCACAUGCAUGUCUCAAUUGAAACCAGUGGAUCAUCAUCUCCAACUUCUAGGGAAGAUGAACCAUUCCAAAUGAUCAAUCUAUCUGAUCUUGUUCUGGAUGUUGCUCCCCUAUCCACGAUUCAUCCACCCUCUCAGAAGAAAGCAACACCAUCUGCUUUUGAGCCUAUAAUCCCUAGUAAAGAUAAGACUGUUGUUGAAGAGGGUUCUAGGUUUAAAGGUUCUGAGAUGAGAAACCCAACUAAGCGUACUGGUGUGACUGAGAAUCAAACUGAAGCAGGAAGGAUUGCCAUUGAUAAGGAACUUCGGAAGUUUGUUACCUCUAUAUUGAAGGAAGUGGAUUCACAUGUUUUGCCAGAUGUUCAAACAUCUUUGGAAAGAGAAACUAGCCCUGAUGGUAAUUCUAGUGAAAAGGUUGAGGAAUGUGUCCCUGAGCAAGCUGCACAUGAAAGAAGAAGUAAGAAGAAGGCUGAUGAAUGUGUCCCUGAGGAAGUUUCUCAUGGAAGAAGGAGUAAGAAGAAGGUUGAUUUUGUUGUGAAUAUUGAUGACCUAACAACUGAUGAGGAACCUCUUACCAACAUUUUGGCUCCUGGAAUAGCCAAGAAACUUCAAAGAAGAAAAGGAAAGGCUGUGAUAUCAUGGAGUGAAGUUGUUACACCUACGAGGAAGAGGAAGGUUGUUUCUUCAAGUGAUUCUGAGUUUGAGGUUGAAAAGGAUGUCCAAGACAUCACUCCUAAGUAUGUUAUUCAAAGGAGGAUAGCUUUGGAGCGGGAAUUGGGUAAGGAUGCCUUAAAAUGUAAGGAGGUUGUGGAGCUUAUAGAGGCUAUUGGAUUGAUGAAGAUUGUCACAAAAUUUAGGCUUUGCUAUGAAAGUCUAGUCAAGGAGUUUGUGGUGACCAUUCCUGAUGGGUGUGAUGAUGUGAAGAGUGCAAACUAUAGGAAGGGUUUGAUGGAAGAAGAGGAAAAGGAAGCUGAACAUGGUGGUGAUGACAAUGUUGGAGUUGAUGUUGAGGACUCUGCUGGUGUCAAUGAUGCUGAGACUGAUGAAGAUAAAAAAGCUAAAUGA